UGAAAGACACUUCAUACGACCGUAUUUUGUGGUUGAAUCGUCAAUUUUAUGGCGCAGAUUUUGUCUUUUUUGCCAUCUUGGUUGUCUUAUUGACAAUUCAUCUUUACGUAGUGCAAGUAUUUCUCAAUUUUUCGCUGUUUUGGUGGUAGAAUGGUCGAUGUAAUGUAGGUAACUUGGUCAUACAAUCCAACUCGGCCGAACCGGCAAACGUACGGGUCUUUGAACAUUCGGGAUUUUCAAUUUUUGGCGUGUGUGAAGUUCCCGGACGUGGAUUUCAUCAAAGCUCGAAAUUCGAAAUUAUUUUUGUUUUGGCUCACCGGAAGUAAAACAGAAAAUAGAUGGAAGUAGGUGGAACUAACGGUCAAAACGAGUUAAGUGGAGUUUCACUGCAGCACGAAGCGACUUGUACAGUAGACGCCAAGGCCCUUGAAGAAAAUGGCGGAGAUCUCGCCUUUGCUUCUACGUUUUCGCCAGAUGGCCCCGUUACCGCUCUUGCCGAACUAUCUGGAGUAAAGCGGAAAAACCCUGAUCAAACAGAUGACCAAGUUAAUAAGCAUGUACGCCUUGACCCUGAGAGUUCAGAUGGGUUUGCUGACUUGGCAACUCUUGUUAGUAUGUCCUCCUCAGUUUCACUGGCUGUUUCUCAGGAAGUAGCCUCUCAGACAUUCACUAAUGCCACCAUUGACAAUACUGGUCAGCUCACCACUCUCUCAGCUCAGGAAGCAGCAAAUGCAAGGUUAACAUUGUCUGCAGCUGUUGCAGCACUCGCUGCAGGUCAGAUUCCACAAGAAUCAUCAAUCAUUCCAGCUUCCCAGUCAGUUGUUGUCAGUGACAACAACAACUCAGUCAAUCAAGCAUGGUUUACUACUAAAGAAGACAAAGAUAACCUUCAUGGCAAAGGUGUGAAGUGGAGACAGGGAAUGUGGUCAAAAGAGGAGAAUGAUCAGCUUAAAGAAAACAUUCUUGAGUACUGCAAGGUCAACAACAUCCCUGAUCCAAAUGUAAUCAUAUUUGAAAUGACUAAAGAUGAUCGAAAGGAUUUCUACAGAACAAUAGCCAAGGGAAUAAGGCGUCCUUUAUUUGCUAUAUACCGUCGUGUUCUACGCAUGUAUGACAGGCGAAAUUACAUGGGGAAGUACUCAUCAGAAGAAGUGGAGCAACUGAAAUCUUUGAAGGAGAAACAUGGUAAUGACUGGGCUACCAUUGGUGCUGCUAUGGGGAGGAGUGCAUCGUCUGUCAAGGAUAGAUUCAGGCUUAUGAGGGAACACUGUCAUUCUGGUAAAUGGACGGUGGAGGAAGAGCAAAGACUUUCCAAUGCAGUGCAUGAACUUAGCAGUGCAACCUCUGGGGAUUUCAUUACAGCUGGGAUAUCUUGGGCAGCUGUUGCUGAGAGAGUCGGCACACGAUCAGAAAAACAAUGCCGUUCCAAGUGGUUAAAUUAUUUAAAUUGGAAAGAAAAAGGAGGUCAAGAAUGGACAAAACAGGAUGAGAUACAGCUUAUUACCCGGAUCCACGAAAUGAAUCUUCAGGAUGAGAACGAUUUAGAUUGGCAAGUGAUGGCGAGUAACUGGUCCAGUGUCCGUUCUCCCCAGUGGCUUAGAAGCAAAUGGUGGGCUUUGAAAAAACAUGUACCUGAUAGUGGUAUGGGAACAUUUGAAGCUACAGUUUCUUUUUUAUUCCACAACUACAUUCCAACUCUGCAAAACAAAAUAGAAAGACAAGAAGCCCGUUUUAAAGGAACCCAUGUGCCUCGGGUUUCGUUGGUACCUAGUGCAAGAUCAGUUCAUGUAAAUCCCAUCUCGACAGGAACCAUUUCAAACUCGGGAAUUUCUCACACAAUAACAGUCACAAGUGAUGGUACAGUAGCAAGAGAAGAUGAUACAUCCCCCCUCACUUCAAGUCACAGUAGAUUCGAAGUGGUACAGGUCAAUGCACUCACACCACAAGAUAUGUUUCACAAUGCGUCCGCCGUUCAAGGGACACCGUCGUACAUCAUUCAAGCGCCUGCAGGACAGACUUACAUCAUUCAGCAGCCGGCUGGAAGUUUAGUGAGGCAGGCGCACACGGGCGAACUUACCGCAGGAUCUGACGGAAUAGAUACCAAUCAACAUGACCAGGAAGUUGUAACUGUUCUCCAGGCCCAUCACGCCGUUCAAACUCUCCCAGAGGUUGGACCCGAGUUUACGCAAGCCAUUGUACAAACAGACAUUUCCGGUCCUAUUACUGCAUCGGAAUUGACUGAUGUAAGCCUCGGUCACACGAAGUUGUCAAAACCUGCAGCCGAUUUACAGACAUCUGUGGCGUCACAGGACAGUGGUAACCAUGAAGCAGUCGACCAGACCAGCCUAGAGGCUGUCCAGACUGUGGACACCCAUCAGUUAGGAGACCACCAGAGUCUGGUGCAAGAUGAGCUUCAGGUAGAAGCAUCCGAUGCAAAAGAAGAUGGGGGCAAACAGACUGCAUUGCCGCAUCACCCCUCAUCCGAUGGAGACGAGGAUGGCAAUGUAGCCUGCACAAAUCAGGCUUUUACCAGUGCCCCAUUUCAGGGCCCGGCGGCAAUCGCUCAGACGUUAGAUGGAACACAUCUCCCAGACAGACCAGUCGUACACAUGCAUCAAGUUGGCCCGGGAAACCGAGAAGUCGUCGUCAGCCCUGAUCCCCUGGGGGACGUGCACGUCACAGUUAUGUCAAACAUAGAGCCAAGGCUUGCGGCCACUUUAUCUCCGUCACCCGCCAUGACAAUUUCACAGCAUACACUAAGCCGCACUAGCAAUGCCAAUGAGUUAUCUGUAAACGCUUUGGUACCUCAGGUCACGUUACCAGACGAGAUACUUCAGUCGCAGUCAGACGAACCCUCCGUUUUAUCCCCGACUGAAUCGGCCAAUGUGAUGAUGGUUACCGAAAACUCCAUGUCCAUCACUUCAACUCUUCCUUCUCAAAUCCUUCAGUCGCAAAAUGAUGAGAACACAACCCUGUCCGACCCCACCCCCACGUCGAACAGUACCGUCCCUACUGGAUUAACUGUUGGUGGUCCUCUCGGCAAUAUGGUGACUGUCCAGGGUGCCCUAGGGCAUCCAAGUGAUAUUAUGGAUGCCAGUGAUGUAUUACUGCAUAUUUCUUUGCCUAUUUCCAACCCGUCGGUUUCUUCAGAGAAGCAAGAUUGUACAACAGAAACUUAGAAUUUAAGCGAUCAACCUUUUUACUCCCUAGAUCCAAAACUCAAUUCUUAGCACUGCCUGUCAUUCAUUUCUUUAAUUUUAGUUUGGAGAAUUUGGUGGUAGAAAUCAAACAUCCUCCGGAUGAUAUUUUUUUUCUCCUUUCAUUACCGUUCUACGGUGAAAAUGUAUUUACAUCGCAAAGAGAAAUUUCAUUUUGCUCCACCCUAGGAGCGAGAAGGGUAUUAAACCUGUAAGGAAGCUCCUUGAGCGUAGAUUCAAGCCUGGAAACUUUCUAAUAAGACAAUAUUUUUACGCAAAUGAGCAAUUUAAGAGACUUUCCGCGAGAGAACACUAGAUUAAUUUCUGGUGACUCACAAAUUUUUAAAUGACCCUUUUCCCUGUACCAUCAGUAUGUACAUAUUCUCCACAUUGUUCUGUACUAAUUUCCUAUGGUUAUGACAAGGAGAUUUUGUGUAGCAAUCAA